CUUACACGCGCAGCAAAAAUUUAAAAAAUCAGAAAGUCACAGCUUUAUUUCGAAGAAAUGGGUCGAUAAUCAUGGCUAAAUGUAAUGAUGAAGAUGGCAAAGAAGACAAACCUUGUGAGCUUUACCCAGCUGUUGCAAUGUAUGGCCCUAACAAUGUAUUUGAUUUGAAGAAAGGAGAAGUGAAACUCUGGUGUAGAUGUGGACUCAGCAAGAAGCAGCCUUGGUGUGAUGGAUCUCACGUAGGAACUGGAAUAAAGCCAAUGAAAUGGACAGUUGACAAGCAACAAAGACUCUAUCAACUUUGUGCUUGUAAAUACACCAAAUCUCCACCAUAUUGUGAUGCCACACACACAAAUUUACCUUGUGAUGUCAUAGAGAGACAGGAAAUAUGUAGUAAUAAGGGCAAACAUGAAUUAAAGGACUUCACAAAAAAAUUAUGUACAGGGUGUGGAUGGGUUCCAGAUUUUUGAUGGUUUUAAUUAGCAUAUUCUUUCCAAGACAUGGCAUCGCAUAGGCAUGGUCAACAUAUUGUAUUUUUCUAGUCCUAACUGUUAGUGAGAAAAAAAGACUUUAAAACAGGGCCAUGAAUUCAUAUGAUCCAAAAUCUGAUCCUGAUAAAUAUUGUAAGUAAUGUUGCAUUGCAGAAUUAAUCCUGCAAUACAUCGUAGCAUUAGUGGCCCCAUUAGUGAAAUUAAACCAUCUUCCAGGAUAUAGAUCUUAUCCUAUCACAAUUCCAACUACAAACUGUAGAAAAAAUUUCAGAUUAGAUGCAAUGUAAUUCAGAUUAAUUCACCAAAUAGUUAUCCAGGGGGUCAUUAACAGAAACUUCAUAAAGUAACGACUUUGUAAGUCAAUUGUUGUAACCAUGGAUAUGAUGAUGUCACAUUUAGGGAACAAUGGACUUAACGAAUUCUUAAC